UGAGGGGGAGUGCACAUGCAGCACUGAAGUUAGAAAGUGUCAACGCAUACUGUGCCUCUGACCUGCAAGUUUUCGACUUCCCCCGAAAGCCACUUAUUACUGGCACUUUCUUCAAGAGGACGUGGACUUCGGUUUGCUGGAGCUACCUGUGGGCAGCCUGUUCCCAAUCCUGGUUAUCAAAGCUAGACAGGGGCAAGGAGUCUACAGACAGGAAAGGGGGUGAGAUGUGGAUAAAAGGAAGAGUCUUCCUGCAAGAGAAGCUGAAAGAAGUCAAGAGAUGAGUCUGAUCAUGUCACUCAGGAGAAUUGCAAUGUUGUCAACUGCCUUUGUACUAUUCCUCACUUGUCUUCAACUACAGAUCUAUGACGCUGUAGCAACCAGUGACACCCUGGAUGUAUGCAGCAGUUGCCACAUCAAUGCCACGUGUGACCCCAGGAAAGAUGGGACUGGUGGAAAAAUGUGCAACUGCUUGUGGGGUUUUAUGGGGAAUGGAAGAACACAGUGCAUAGAUAAGGAUGAAUGCCAAAUUGGAACCCACAAGAUCUGUGGCGAACACACUGUAUGCCAUAACACGUAUGGGAGCUUCUACUGCACGUGUCAGCAUGGCUACAGCCCUACAAACAACAUGCCUGUGUUCAUUCCCAAUGAUGGAACCUUUUGCCAAGAUAUUGAUGAAUGUCAGGUGGAAGGCAUUUGUAAAGACGGAGGGCUGUGCUGGAACGUGCCAGGAAGUUUCAGCUGCAACUGCUCGGAAGGAUACAAAAUACGAAACGGAACAGAGCCGUUUCAUCCAGCUAAAGACGGUGCUUUCUGUGAAGAGGUUGACUGUGGCAAGCCCCCAAUUCUGCCUCAUACUUCUAUGGUAUGGAACAGUACAAGACUGGGAAGCAUGGUGUAUUAUAAGUGUGUUGAAGGAUUUUACAAUGCAGGAGGAAGGUAUGCCUCAGCUUGCACGACCAAUGGUUAUUGGAACCAUACCUCUAUAGUAUGUAAAGAGAUUGACUGUGGUGAACCUCCAGUUCUGCCACAUGCAAUUCAGUUAUGGAACGGCAGCACAAGACUGGGCAGUGUGGUUUACUAUGAAUGUGACGAAGGAUUUUACAAUGCAGGAGAAAGGAAUUUUUCAGUGUGCGACUUAAACGGUUAUUGGAACCAUACCUCUAUAGUAUGUAAAGAGAUUGAUUGCAGUGAACCCCCAGUGGUGCCAAACACUACAAGGCUGUGGCAUGGAAACUCAGGGCUGGGCAGUGAGGUGUAUUAUAAUUGUACAGAGGGAUUUCACAGUGUGGGAGGAAGAGGUGUCUCUGUUUGCACAGCUAAUGGUUAUUGGACACAUGUCUCUUUGCUGUGUAAAGAAACGGACUGUGGAGAACCCCCUUUGCUGCCAAACACUACUUCUCUGAAGGCCAGCAGCACAAAAAUGGGAAGCAUUGUCUAUUACAAGUGUAAAGAUGGGUUUUACAAUGCAGGAGGAAGCAACACGUCAGUCUGUACUGUCAGCGGUUAUUGGGCAAAUGCAUCAUUACAAUGCAAAGAGAUUGACUGUGGCCAACCACCUGUGCUGCCACAUACUGUGAUAGAGGGGAACAGCAGCACAGGACUGGGCAGCACUGUGUAUUAUAAUUGUAAAGAGGGAUUUCACAGUAUGGGUGGAAGGAAUGUCUCAGUUUGUACUGUUAAUGGUCUGUGGGAAAAUGCUUCCAUAGUAUGCAAAGAAAUUGACUGUGGUGAUCCGCCAAUUCUACCACAUACUACUAUACAGUGGGACACUGACAGAGGACCUGGCAGUGCUGUAUACUAUAGCUGCACAGAGGGAUUUUACAAAGCAGAGGGAUUGAAUAUCUCAACAUGCACUCUUACUGGUCACUGGAAGAAUGCCUCUUUAGUAUGUAAAGAGGUUGACUGUGGCGCACCUCCAGUUCUGCCUCAUGCUUGCAUGCUUUGGAACGGCAGCACAGGACUGGGCAGCGUGGUGCAUUAUGAAUGUGAUCAAGGAUUUUACAAUGCAGGAGGAAGGAACUUUUCGUUGUGCACUAAAAACAAUCGCUGGGACAAUGUCUCUUUAAUAUGUGAAGUGGAUGUCUUUUCAGAUAUUUGGAAGCAAAUUAGUUUUUCCCAGAGUGAAAAAGGAAGAGAAAUCAACUGUGGCCCCCCUCCAGUCAUAGCCCAUACAUACAUGCAGUGGGACAACACGACAGGACUUGGAAGUGUAGUUUACUAUAAAUGCGUAGAAGGAUUGUACCAGCAGGAAGGAAAAAAUAGCUCUAUAUGUACAUCAGACAGACAAUGGGAAAACAUUACUGUAACAUGCAAAGAAAUUGACUGUGGUUCUCCUCCAUGUGUGGACCAUGCAAAGGUAUUGCAACUGAAUGGCACAGUAGUUGGCAGCAUGCUGCAGUAUUCCUGUAAGGAUGGGUUCAUCAGCCAGGGUGGCACCACUAUAUCUGUCUGCACCAACACUGGAGAAUGGACAGCAGUUACUUUACUGUGCAAAGAAAAAAAGCCUGCCAUCAGUAGAAUUUUAAUUUUUAAAGAAAAAUGUCUACAGUGGCAAGCUGAGAGAAAUGGUCAAGAAAAAGAGAUCUACAAGGUUCAUUAUAUAGGCCUGAGAGACUACCAAAAACAAUUCGUGGAUAAGAAGACAAAGCACUUCACCUCAGCAAAAACGUCUGCAGAGAUCUGCCUGAAUCUGCUGCCAGGAACGAAUUACACUAUUAACAUUACUGCACUGUCCGCAGGAUUCUCCUCUACAGUCAAUCUCACUACCAGUAUAGGAGAUCCUCCAAUACCUAAACUUACAUACAAAGACGUUGAAGGCCCCUUGCCUACGCUUCAGUUACACAAAACGGCAAACUCUAACGAUCCUAUAAGUUUUUAUCAGGUGUUUGUGCUGCCUCUGGAGGGGUUCUCAAUGUUUGACUGCAGCUCACCCAGUGCACCACACUUCUACAGCCAGGACAAACCAUGGGGAGCAUAUGUGGCUGCACAGAUCCACGCCAAAGACAUUGGAAGUGAACUGGUCUUCACUGUGGGAGAUCGGCGAUACUAUGGGGAGUACUACAAUGCUCCUUUAAAAGAAGGCACCUCCUACUACAUAAUCCUGAAGAUUGUCACACAGUGGGGAAGGGCUAGAAAACAAUCUUGUGUCUUUUGGGCAAAGACCAGAGAAUUAUCUCAUACUAUACAACAUGUGACCAUAGUAGCUGGAGGAUCAGUGGGACUCAUCGCAUUUGUUGUCUUCUUGGGCUUCUCUAUUUCUUGGUACUUCAAAAAGAAAUGAAACAGACAUCCUAAUAACUGACUGUGUCUUUCCUUUUAUUAAAAUCUUUGGAUAAAUUAUGACUCAUUGCUCUUGUAUAUUAUGCAAAGAGAUAUUGAAAUAAAAACAGAGAAUGUGGAAAUGUUUUUGUUUUGAA